UCAGAUAGUUUCAAUCGCUCUGACAUGGAAGCAACAACACUAGCUUACGCGUUCGUUCUUGUGAUUAUUAUCGGUAGAUUUUGUUGCGUUCUUUCCGCCGUGGAAUCAAUACGUCUUGCCAGAAACAAGGAGUUUGAUGGUUUGACAUGCCCGGUUUCUAAAACGAUUUUUAACGCAGAUCGCGUGGACAAUAAAAUACAAUGCGCCUCGCUUUGUACGGAAGCGUCCUCGUGUGUUGGAGUUUUUCACCAUUCGCAAACAAAGGAUUGUGUAGGUUGCAGUUCCUUUGACAAAGACGACGCACCGGUAUUGGAGGGUAAGCAGUUUUACGCAAGACGCCCUCAGGUUUUCGAAGGACUUGAAGAGACAAAUGUUGCCCUAGGGAAACAGACUGCCAUAUCAAGCAUAAGUGACAGUCACGAUAAAGCUAAAGGCGUAGAUGGCAAUACUAACCAAGAUUUGAAAGAAGGAUCUUGCUUUCAUACUGAUAAGGAAACAGACCCAUGGUGGCGUGUCGAUCUUGGAGCUAUGUAUCAUAUUGUCGAUGUAACAUUAUUCAAUAGAAUUGAUAGUGACUGCGAGAUUGGUGGAUGCAAUCGUCGGACUAGAGACUUGAGGUUGAGUAUGGGGACGACACUGGAGUCUAUGAACAUUGUUGGCACUGUGCCAGGUCAGAUUGACGAUAUUCAUACCUUCCUUUUUCCAGAGGGUAAACAAGCAAGAUACGUUCAAGUUACACUCGAAGGCCUUGAAUAUCUACAUCUUUGCGAAGUGCAAGUGUUUGGAUUUCCAACUUACUAAAUCAUUCAACUUAUGAUUCGAAAUUGGAGGAAUCGGCAUGCAGGACUUAAACUAACUAACUACAGGUUAUUCCACUCCUUUAUAAAGCAACCGGAUUUUUAAAUGGACGUGUGGUUUUAAGCACUGAACCAGACAACUGACUUUGGUAUUGCACGAAUUAGGACAGCGACAUCCUGUAGUGUAAUUCGAAAAUAUAGAACUUACCCUAGAAAAUAAAGUUGUAAAUUACGUUAUAUGACUGAAAUAUGGAGUUCCUCAAAUAAAACAUUGUAAAAUCUACGCUCUGUAUCCCACGAAAUUCUUAUUUGCGUACAAGACCUCGUAUAAAUUUACUCUAAGAUUCGUCUCGUACUUCAGCGUUAAUAUUUGGAAUAAGAUUCCUGCUGAAAUUAAGGAAUCCUGGACAUGGAAACAUUCAAAAAUUUAAAACAACAAUUGUUCGUUCACUACCCCUAUCGGCCACGUACUUUCCCCUUGCAAUUGCAAUGCCUUGCUUUGGCACCCCCUCCCCCUUUACUAUGAGUAAAUUAUCGUGCCCACCUCAAUUUUGGCUGCCCGAAUCUUAAGGCGAUGCCCGAUUGUUGUCUUUUCCUGCUUAUAUGUGUGCGUUUGUGUGUUUGUGCGUCUGUGUGACUUGGGUGGUGUCCUACGGUGUUGUUAUUUCUUAUUUGUCUGUUUAUCUAUGUUAGUAAGUUGUGUGCGUGUGCGUGUGUGUUUGUCUUUGGGACGUGAGUGUCUGCGAUACUGUGGUUUCAGCUGUAGUGUAACUGUGAUCAAGGAACGUAAUAUUCGUUUUGUAUAUUCAUCCUUGUUUUACUUUCCCCUUCUACCCCCUCCCCCACUCCCUCUCUACUCCGUACCCCUUCCUCCCCCUCUAUCUUUAUUUUGCAUGAAAUUAAAAUGUACUUGUUGGAUUUUUGAAGCAACCCGUCUGUAAUAUUUUUCCGUUACAGCUUCUUUUCGUUGUGGGUCUACUUUGCGUGGCUAUGAGGCUGUGUUUGUGGUGCUCUGUGCAUCCGAGAAAUCUUACCUAUUAUCUUUCAUGUUUCCUACAAUUUCUAAAGUUAAUGGUUAUGUAUACAUAUAAUGAUUCUUGUUGUUUUUCUCUCUAUUUUACAUAUACGAGUGUCUGUCAAACGAAUAAAUGGGAAGCAGUAUAAUAUGAUGAUAUACUGUUGUUUUUUGUUGUUGUUUGUUUUGUGUGCUUUUUUUUUUGCAAGUGAUUCGUGUAAUUGUAAAUGUUCGUAUUCAUGCAUAUUGUUGUUCUUGUUCUUGUUCUUGUGAACCGAGGGCCUUACUGGAAAUAGUUUGCAUUUUAUUUUGAUGCUAUGUACACUCUACAUAACCUUUAUUGGAUUUAGAUUUUAUUACUAUUAUUUAUUAUUAUUAUUAUCAUUAUUAUUAUUAUUAACAAGGCAGUCUGAAAGACAGCUAAAUCCCCCGCCACUGCUAUGGAUAGUGAAAGGGUAAACCUUUGAUUUUAGCUGUGACCUUGACCUUGAACUGACAUGGCUGACUCAUGAAUUCUGCACAACGUCUUGAUGAGGUGAUCAUUUGACCCAAGUUUCAUGAAAAUCCUUCAAGGGGUUUAGGAGAUACAGAGCUGAAACCUUUGACCUUCAGUUGUGACCUUGACCUUGAGUUGACAUGGCUGACUCAUGAGUUCUUGAUGAGGUGAUCAUUUGACCCAAGUUUGAUGAAAAUCCUUCAAGGGGUUUAGGAGAUACAGAGUGGACACAAAAUGGAAGGCUCAAACCUUCGACCCUUAGUUGUGACCUUGACCUUGAGCUGGCAUGGUUGACUCAUAAUUUCUGCACAUCGUUUUGAUGAGGUAAUCAUUUUACCCAAGUUUUAUAAAAUUCCUUCAAGGGGUUUAGGAGAUAUACAGCGGACACGAAAUGGAAGGCUCAAACCUUUGACCUUCAGUUGUGACCUUGAGCCGACAUGGCUGACUCAUAAGUUCUGCACAUCGCCUUGAUGAGGUGAUCGUUUGACCCAAGUUUGAUGAAAAUCCUUCAAGGAGUUUAGGAGAUAUAGAGCGGACACAAAAUGGAAGGCUCAAACCUUUGACCCUAAGUUGUGACCUUGACCUUGAGCCGGCAUGACUGACUCAUGGGUUCUGCACAUCGUCUUGAUGAGGUGAUCAUUUGACCCAAGUUUGAUAAAAUUUCUUCAAGGGGUUUAGGAGAUAUAGAGCGGACACAAAAUGGAAGGCUCAAACCUUUGACCUUGAGUUGUGACCUUGGCCUUGAGCCGACAAGGCUGACCCAUGGGUUCUGCACAUCGUCUUGAUGAGGUGAUUAUUUGACCCAAGUUUCAUGAAAAUCUUUCAAGGAGUUUAGAAGAUAUAGAGCGGACACAAAACGGAAGGCUCAAAACCUUUGACCCUAAGUUGUGACCUUGACCUUGAGCCGGCAUGGCUGACUUAUGGGUUCUGCACAUCGUCUUGAUGAGGUGAUCAUUUGACCCAAGUUUUAUAAAAUUCCUUCAAGGGGUUUAUGAGAUAUAGAGCGGACACAAAAUGACAGGCUCAAACCUUUGACCUUGAGUUGUGACCUCGACCUUGAGCCGACAAGGCUGAUUCAUGGGUUCUGCACAUCGUCUUGAUGAGGUGAUCAUUUGACCCAAGUUUCAUGAAAAUCCUUCUAGGGGUUUAGGAGAUAUGGACCGGACACGAUUUUGUUACGGACGGAAGGACGGAAGGACGGAGUCCAUUCCUAUAAUCCCUCCGCCACGGCGGGGGAUUAAAAAGAAUGUAUAAGAGCUUAAAGUUCCUUUAGAAGUUAAGUUUCAUGUUAAGAAUAGAUAUAACAGCUGUCUGAAUUAUGUCAUGCAUAAUUAUAUGGUUAGACAAGAUAAACUUUUGCAGUAAGAGCAGCCACAUUUUCAACAAUGGCAUUAUGUGCAUUUAAAACAAUUAAAUUUGAAUUAUCUUUUAGAGCUCAUUGAAAUGAAUUAUGAUUCUUUUAAAACAAUUAAAUUUUAAUU